AUGUCGAUCCGAUCCGUCACUGCAGCACUGUGGUCCUCACCCUUGGUCGCGUCGACAAUAGGCGGUGGCAGCACUCGUUCGCUCUCGUGCACGGCCUCGACCUCCGCCAAGAAAGUGCUGUCACCGCUGCACAAGACCUCGAUCGAACGAGCACGACGAGCCGAGAGGUUGAGUGGUGGAAGUGCGAGUGGGAGUCAGACGAACAGCAUGACCCUGAACGAGGCUGCUAGGACACUGCAGGUGAGCGUCAUCCCAGCAUCCAGCUGCCCCGCUGAAACAAUCCAGUCGAGCUGAUCCCGAGACUCCCAUGUGCAGGCCUUAUCACCUACGACCCCGAAUGCCGCUUUCGAGGUCAACAUCACCACCAAGCCUGUCGCGACCGUACAACUCAACGCCCUUCGAGGUCGAGUCUUUCUGCCGCACUCGUGCAUGUCCGCGACCAAAUCGACGCUGCUCGUCGUCUUCGCCUCGGGCCCCGCCGCCGCCGCCGCUCGUCAAGCAGGUGCCGACGUCGUAGGAGGCGAAGAGUUGAUCCCCAAGAUUCUCAAUGGUGAACUGUCACCGGACAAACUCAUCACCACACCCGAACUGUUGCCGUUGAUUCAGAGGAAUCCGACGCUUGCAAGGAUGCUCGGCCCGAAGGGUUUGAUGCCUAGUGUUAGGCGUGGUACCGUCGUGGAGAACGUCGCAAAAGGUGUACAGGAGGCCCGUAACGGGUUGGAUUGGAAGGGGGACUCGAAGGGUGUCGUCAGAGCAGGUACGACAUGAAGUCGAUCCGGAAGUGAGAGAAUCCCGCAGGCACUAACGAGCUCUCAAACUUCCUUCACUCAGCCAUCGGGAGACUGCACUUUGACGUCGAGAAGCUGCAAGACAACGUUCACACACUCUUGGCGUCCGUAUCGGACAUCUCAUUGGGCGGUUCUGGUGCCGUCAAGGAUUCGGCUGCAAGGGCAAAGCGACGUGAGUUUUUCAUUGAACUGUUUCGUUCCCAUUCGCCGAGAGCUGUUCUGAUCUCUCUCUCUUCCCAUUCAGCCGCCAUCACUAGAGUGAUGUUGUCAUCGACGCAAGGCCCCGGUAUCUUCUUGGCUGAUGUCUGA